GUAGUUAUAGAGCCAGCUGACACGAUUCCCUAUUCUACAUGAUAAAACUCCUGUCGUUCUACACAACACAUUUCUAUCUGAAAGUGCUAGGCCGUUGCACUGCCCUGAACAGACCCCAGGUUUCCAUCUCUGACAUUAGGCCUCCACACCCUUUGUCCCAAAUUGAACACUUUUCUCUCGUCUACUUCGGCAGCGUUUAGACAGGCAGCCCAAUUCUCAUAUUUUUUUCCCCACUAAUUGGUCUUUUGACCAAUCACAUCAGAUCUUUUUAAAUCAGAUCUUUUUCCAGCGCUGAUCUGAUUUGUCAAAAGACCAAUUAGUGGAAAACAAUAUGUGUGUAAACACAGCCAUCGUAGGGAAUAGGAUGUCAUUUGGGAUGUAGCCCUGGUGUAGGAAAUCCCGCCCACUCCAGUGAUAUAUUUCCCUCAACCCAAUCCUGUUCCUCCCCCAGUGGUGGAGCCUGACCUUAAAUACACUCACCUGAAGGCAAUCAGUGGUGGAGCCUGACCUUAAAUACACUCACCGGAAGGCAAUCAGUGGUGGAGCCUGACCUUAAAUACACUCACCGGAAGGCAAUCAGUGGUGGAGCCUGACCUUAAAUACUGUCACCUGAAGGAAAAUAUUUAUACAUGUCAACAUUCCAACUGCAACGAGCCAUGGAAGUUUAGAAGACAGCUGUGGCUUUCCAAGUUGGGAAUUGAGGAAGUAUCGCUAAGUAAAGCGGUUACCAGACAGCCAGACGGACAGCCAGACAGACAUGGGCUGCUGCUUCAGCGGGUCUGAGGGGGACGGAGAGGGGGACACGAAGCACGGGGGGGACAGCGGCUGUAAGACGUGUUGUCUGAAGACCAGGAACUGCGUGAUGAGUGGAGAAUGUGGACGGGCUCUUCAGAUUGCCAACGUCUGUGCUAUGUGUGGAAUGUGCAUCCGCAUGUUUGUCUAGACUCCAUGAGGUCAGACCUGCUCUCAUUCCCAUGGCAGCUGUACAGAGAGCUGUGAACAAUAGGACCGGUAUGACACUCUCCCAUGGGUGGAUCACCUGGGAUCCAGCCAUCUUACAAGACACACACCCUGGACCCGCCCUGUGCCUUACAGCCAAUGGAGUCAGCACCCUGGACCCGCCCUGUGCCUUACAGCCAAUGGAGUCAGCACCCUGGACCCGCCCUGUGCCUUACAGCCAAUGGAGUCAGCACCCUGGACCCGCCCUAUGCCUUACAGCUAAUGGAAUCAGCACCCUGGACCCGCCCUGUGCCUUACAGCCAAUGGAAUCAGCACCCUGGACCCGCCCUGUGCCUUACAGCCAAUGGAGUCAGCACCCUGGACCCGCCCUGUGCCUUACAGCCAAUGGAAUCAGCACCCUGGACCCACCCUGUGCCUUACAGCCAAUGGAAUCAGCACCCUGGACCCGCCCUGUGCCUUACAGCCAAUGGAAUCAGCACCCUGGACCCGCCCUGUGCCUUACAGCCAAUGGAAUCAGCACCCUGGACCCACCCUGUGCCUUACAGCCAAUGGAAUCAGCACCCUGGACUUGCCCUGUGCCUUACAGCCAAUGGAAUCAGCACCCUGGACCCGCCCUGUGCCUUACAGCCAAUGGAAUCAGCACCCUGGAGCCAAGCAGGAAGGCAUGUGAAACAUAUCCUGUAAUUCAUGUCCUUGUGCAAUAAUACUUAUUUUCCUUUUCUGUUGUAAAACAUCUUGAAACAGUGUGCCCUAAUGAACAUGCCCCUGUCCUGCUGCUGUUUAUGCAGAGCUCCAGCUGUGGAGGGAAGAGGCAGUAGGCUGGGCCCAGCAGGCAGUAUGUAUGCACAAACACGAACACAUUGUUCAUGCCACCAAGUGGCCUUUUGAGAACUGGAAGAUCACGCAGGGAGUAGGUGGAAACAUAUUCAUACCGGCGAAGAGACUGUACCACCGGGAACACUGGGCUGUGAGAGGAAAUUAUGUUUGAUGUGGAGAGAGGAGGGGGACUGAUACGGGGGGCAGAGAGAGAGAGAUGAGAGCGGAGCGAGAGACAACAUACUCUUUCAUGCCAAAUUCUCAAUAAAACGGUGCUUACAGGAUGACACCAGAAUGUACCAGGUAUAACAUCUGAUCAUCCUAAUCAUAACAUAGUGGUUUGGAUAGAAAAGGGAUCAGAGCCUGUGUCCCUGUAUUCCCUUCAUAGUGAAGUGGCCCCCUAUUCCCUUCAUAGUGCACUACUCCUGAUAAGAGGAGGAAACUACUAGAUGAACUGAGCAUGCUGAAACCAACCUUUAUGACAAACCAGUCACAGUGGUAGGAUGUCUGUGUCCUCAGAAAAUCAUUCCAUCUCUGAGUGUCCCAGCUGGAACCCUAUUCCCUUUAUAGUGCACUAUUUCUGACCAGGAGGCAUAGGGUCCAAGGCAGGCUGUGAGGAUAGAUUAUACAGCCUCUCUCUCUCCUGUAUAUACAGUAUGUCUCGCUCUCUCUCUUCGUCGUUCUCCUUAAGUGUCUAAAAAGCAAGUGCGUUGAGUCCGAUCCAGAACUGUGUCAUUCAUAGACUGGACUACCGUACCAUGUUGGCCUCACUGCUGAGGUGAACCUUCCCUCUUCAAAACUUCAUCUUUUAUCUGUAAAAAGUAUUUUUCAGCAAUGUUCUUAUGCUCCUUGACAGUCCAAUACGUAAGAAAAGAGAUGUGCUUUUUUUGUAUGAUUCAUUUGUUAUUUGUAGGGUGUUUAUAUUCAGUGUUUCUGGGGUGAGUUGUUUUCAUGUCUAUUGGGAUUAUCAUUUAUUGUGCUCAGAAAAUAUUUUUAUACUGUAGGUGUCGUAGCUGGGGAAGAAACUACCGGUACGGUUCAGUCUGCGUCCCCAAUGGCUCACUAUGCAGUGCACUACUGUAGACCAGAGCCCUGGGCAUCCUGGCCAAGAGUUGUACACUAUAUAGAUAGUCAGAUGCAGUUUGGGACGCAGUACGUUGUUGUCGUGAUGACUACACACCACUUCUAUGUUCACGCUGUGUAAUGUAUUACUUAAUAAAGAACUACCAAGUGUA